GAACGAUGCUACCUUGACAUAAUCCUAACAAGGAGCAAGUCAAUGAUGUCCAUAUAUCUCGAAGCAGAAGCAACUGCAGACUACUAUAUGCGAAGGAACAAGAGCGGAAGAUGGCAUCUCUCCAAAAUAAUCUCCAUCACGAAACAACCCAGUUUCGGCAUAUUCGGUGAGGCGAGGACUAAUUCGUCAACAACGACCGUUACGAAGACCGCCACCUGCUAUAUCGAGACCCUGCCCUCCAGCGCGUGACGAAAUGACAUCGAACAAUUCCUUCGCCCAAAGACCGGUCGACACUGCCUAUGUGAGAGUUGAUGAGUCGAAGCGUCGACGAAUCUCAUUAGACACCUCGCAAAGAUUAAUACCUGUCCAUGCCAGCGCAAAUGCCAGGUACUUGACUAUACUAGCUACCCCCUAGGCGACUAUGACGUCAGUUAGGCAGUAAGGGUUGAAAACCUGACGUGUAUCUUGAUGCGUUUCGACGAGACUUGCAUGAAUGAAGUGUCGCGGCUCAAAUCCCCGU